CUAAAAUUUUAGGAUGGUCGUUGUCUUGACGUGAGACCAACGUUGUUUCAGGAGGAAGAGAGAAAAUCGGCAACGGGCAUGGUGAUAGGACGGAGAGAAUCAGAGAACAGAGAACAGAGAACGGAAAAGAGAUGGGGUUCUGGGAUACAGUGUACCUCGUGACCGGUAAAAUCAAGCGAAACGGCCCCGAUUUGACUCCCGCUACCAACGCAUGUCGGACUUCGUAUGAUGCGGCUAGUGCUACCGUCCAAAAGAUCGAUAAGACCGUGAGAGUUGAAGGAGUUCAGAAGCUCAAGGAUAACCUCUCGGAUUCUGAAGGUCGGGAGAAAAUUGGUCGUUCUUUGAUGAACUUGGCCGAAAGUCCAGCCGGCGAAGAGGCGUCCAAGCUCGUCCCAGGUGGGCCUCUAAUAUAUAAAAUCUGGAGAUGGUUUAAGGAUGAACCUCCUUCCCUCUCGGGCAGUGACGAGAAAAAAUCUGAAAAUUCUACAGAAGAGAUGAAGGAGAAGAGAAUCGAACCAACAGAACAAGACCCGAAGGUCAAUGAUGAGAAAAUUGUGACCCGGUCCCGGUUAUAGAAAUUGGUUUUCAGCUCAGUAAGGUGACAGGCGAAACUAGUUUAUGAUUCAAGGGGUAUUACCGUUGCAGUAUUCUGGCAUCAUUAAGCAAAGCAAGUCUACUACCACCACCAUCAUCAUCAUCCAACCUAGUCCCAAAUAUAUGGGGUGGGCUAGAUGAAUCCUGUUUCAUCAUUCCAUUCUUAUUAUAAAGCUCUUUUCUUAACCUAUAUAGCAGGAAUGCCGAGCUGCUUCCAGGAUAAAAACUACAUGCCUUUGAUGUACCAUGUCAUACUGCUCGAUUAGUUCAAAAAUUCAAACCGGGCAUUCAUGGCAGUAAUAGCUAUAGCAGCUCCUUCCAUUGCUUCUAUAGAAUAUAUAUAGAACAAUGCUACAUCACCCAAAAUCCAUGCAGAAGAAAAACAGUUGCAAUCAUGUUUAGAGCCGAUUUUUAUAAUUGAUGAAUGAUCUCAUCUUUAUGGAA